AUGGCUCCGCUCAAUCCGUAUCUCACCUACAAGCGAGACACGAGCCGCCUCAUAUUUUGGAUCAUCCAAGUAUCUAACGCCAUCAUUACCUCUUUGUCCACUUUUCCCGAUGAUGCGCCAACGACCCCAAACACGAAUGGCCAGAUCACUGUGUCGAGCCUCGUGUCCCUCUCGAAGCUCAUUGCUAAGCACAUUGGGCCCGUUCCGUCUGCCGUUAAAGGGUAUAUAACUGCGCCAGUUGAAAUGUAUUCGUCACCCCAGCAGCUAUUCCCGGAGUCCUUUUUCGCUGAUGGCAAGGCCCCGACUUCGAAUUUCGGCGAAGCCUUCCAAAGAAGGAUCGCCAAAUCGCCGCCACGCCGCUCCGGGGCCCGACGUACCUUUGACGAUGUCAGGGAGCUCAGAACAAACAAGUUCUUGCGGACGAAAUCAUUUCUUAUGGCUUGCCACGGGACAGGCUGGAAUCCCGACCGAAUUCCCGAUAGUGAUAUUCCCGUGUCGUCCCUGCUAGGGAUAUACCGCAUCAGCCAGACAAAGCAUAUAGUCGACCCCAUUACGGGGCAGAAACGAAUGGAUGAUACAGAUUUGGUCAAGCGCGCAAGGACCAUCGGAAUCUCCGAGGAGGAUUUAAUUGAAUGGGCUACAUUUCUCCCUCAGGGAGGCAGGGGCGGAGAAUCGGUUCCUGGGGCCACCCAUAGGGCAAUGAUGCUAAAAGUAUACAGAAUAUUUAAUCGCCCCAAGCCAGAAAACACGGGCGGAAGUCAUGAGUUGUCAGGCCAGGAUCUACUCGAUCUGCUGAAGUGGGAUAUUACGAACGACAUCUGCGGCGAUGUGCCUUUCUCUAGCCUGAACUACGUCUGGGUCACGGCUCGAUUCAUGAUUCUAUCUCAACAGUUCGAAAAGAGACUGGGAAAGCUCCGGAAUGCACUAUACGUACAGGCGUACGAGACCGAUCCGUCGUGGCAGAAGCAGAAGCGAGUCAGGCUCACUUACCCCGCCCUUCGCUUACAAGACGAGGAGUGUCUGCGUGUUUUGGCACGAGAAUUCCAUAAUCCUAGGACCGGAUUCACAAGCCACAUUUACUGGCAUGACUUAGAGUUGAUGAGGUCACGUGUGGAAAAGCUGAGGCCGAACGAAGACGACGAAUUGUCAGGCAUGUGUACGGUGAUGUAG